AUGUUGACGCCGCUUUCCAAGCUCAGAGCCAACAUUCCAUCGUCUUUGUCUUCUGCUAGUCGGUUAAUAGUUCUUCUGACAACAGGUUCAUUCAACCCAGUACAUACAUAUCAUAUUCACAAUCUCGAACUGGCCAAAUCCACACUAGAAAAAUCCUCGCCAAACAACAUAGUUAUUGGCGGAUUCUUGUCGCCAUCACAGGAUCUUUACGUCCGAAGCAAACUAGGCCGUUUUGCAAUCGAGGCUGAUCAUAGGAUAACUAUGUGUCAAUUGGCUACAAUGCAUUCGAAUUGGAUUGAUGUCUGCAAGUGGGAAGCAAAGGCUAAUGAAGACUAUUUUGUUGAUUUUGCGUAUGUAGUUGGUAGAAUGCAAGAAUUCUUGCAAGACCAAAUCAAUCGUAAAGUUUUUGUAUAUUAUGUUUGCGGUAGCGAUCACGCUAUCAAGACUGGUGUUUGUGGCUGCGAUGGUGGACUGGUCAUUAUUGGACGAGCAGUUGGCGACGGUGAUAAACAAAGGCAGAAAUGCGAACGAAUUCUGGAUAUGGUAUACGGGAGAGGAGUUUGGAAUGAGUUUACUGUAUAUAUCGAUGGAGAUGGAGGAAAUGUGAGUUCCACUUUUAUCAGAAUGCAGCUAAGAGAUGGGAAGAGUGAAUGGGAAGAGUAUUGCGAUUCUAAUGUAGUCGAGUAUAUUAAAACGCACCGAUUGUUAAUGACUGGAUCAGAUUAA